AUGCGAACAACGGAGGCAAAGGUGUCGCGGGAGCUAGGCAGGUGCGUUUCUCGGUCGUCUUGGGAGAUCUUUGAUCUGUAAAAGCACUGGCAGGAGGACGAAGGUUUGACUGUGCGCAGUUUAGAUGCACACCCCUUAGCCGUCGUUUUAUGAUUUCAAGUAGCGCCUCUGGUGUAGACCUGUAUCAUAUGCCCACCAGUCUUAAAUAAAUAGACGGCCUCACCAUCUGACCAUGCGGUCCCAAAAUCUUAGCUGUCUUACUCCAUGCGCGCGUCGCUUUUGCCUGUAUGUCGUCUGCCCAGUUUGGCGCCAUGCGGCCUGCUCGAGCGAACAUGCUGCCCGUCGACACUCGGGCUGUCGUCGCGUCUAUUGGGAUAUAAUUUAAGGCAUCGGCGCGCCGUCCAAUCAAACACUCAUGAGCGUUUCUCGACGGCAGGCAAUCAAUUGACAAUGGUAUUAGUUAUUAGGUCGAUUCCGGUGCGCAUUACGAGGUGUACAAGCACGGCUCGUAGGUUGUUCCAUUCCACAGACUCGUGGAGAUAGCACGUUAUCUACUGUUCUCGCGGGCUGACUACUGCGCCAUUCCACGUCUGGCGUUGUUCGUGACAUCCUCUCUUCUCCAGCGUUCGAACACUGUGGGACCUCUGUUAUUGCAGAGCAGGCAAAACUGGGGUGAUCAUGUUUACUUUAUUUGCCGUCGUCAUCAUCCUGCCCCAUCGCAAAUCCCCACCCUGGAGCGCACAGCUUCCCCUGUUCUCCCCCACCAGCUCCCGAAGUUUAUCCUUUCCAUCCGUUUUGCCUGGUGACAGGUUGCCCUAGACAGCCUGAGAAUCUCCGAAUAGAUUUCUGAAUCCCGAAAUUGUGUGUUUUUCCGCAUAAAGUGUUUUUUUUUCAACAGUUAUCUGCGGUUCUCCUGUCGUUUCGCGGAUGACGGCGCGUCCGCACUACAGUGAUCUUUUUAAGUUACUUCCGAUAAGCUUGGCUUGAUAGAGUUACUCGAACAUCAUAUGUUUUACUCCUUCAACGUCAUGGUUAAUUUUUAAUUUUUUCGCAGAAGACGUUGAGGUAAGGGUUUUCUUUAUCUUGAUUGGUAAUUGCCAUCUGCGAAGGUCCUAUAACGCUACCUACAUUUAGUCAUGUAGAAUUUUCAAAAUCCUCGUCCUAGGGUUAGCUGAAGCAUCAUGCACCUGUUGACGUAUGGAAAACUGCUAAGCGACGAGGUGAACAAUCAGGUAGCGGAGACGUCUGAACUCAUAUGCGUUCAGACAUACAUUUGAGAGCGCCUUAAAUUUAAAAUAUCGAUUGCUCCCAGAGUGCUUGUAGUCAAAGAACCUUUUAAGUAAUCAUCAGGGAACGGGGAUAUAGACCUUCCCACAGUACAGAUGGUUUUCUGCUAAAUUCCAGGGAGGUGGUGGUUGUUAGAAUCACUGUUAGGGUUGAGUUUAGUACCCGGGAAUAUAUACUCGCCCUGGAAGACCACCUGUAGUACGGAGGACCCUUAUUCCUGUGUUCAGUCAAUUAAUCCCCUGAACAUUGUUUAAAUUCACAUGAAAGUAAUAAUUUGGUAAAAAAGAAAGUGCAUCCCGCUUAAGUAGUCAUACUUCAGUUUAAGUUUGACCGAGUCAACCGAAGAUGCCGCUGGAGAAUCGGCACAUUAGGCCACAUGCAAGCCUUUUGUCAUUACAAACGCGCUAAUGCGUUCACCUCUGUUGAAGGGAUUUCGGGUAGAGCCCUCGUAACUCUGGAUGAUAUGAUGGCUUCAGUAAAUGGACCGAGAGCAUACGACUAGUGCGUCAAGCUGGUUGAUGUGCAUACUGGUAAGGCGACCCAUUGUCACACUGGCGCUAGAAUAUUGGGAUGCAGUGGUCGACUUUGUUUUUUUCGGGAUUACCUCUACUGCAAUACUAAAAGCAUAAGUGUUCCUAUGGAAUCCGAUGCAGUUUUCACGACAUGUCCCCUUCUACCUGCCGAGGGGAAAGUGCGGGACCAGAAAACCAGCUAAAACGGUUGCUGAGUAAUCAAGAGCUGUAUUGGCUUUGUUCUGAGCUCCAGUUCUAUGAACCGAUUAGUCCUGGUGCAUGGAUGUGCGCGUAGGUUGACCACCUGUUCAGAUUCUAUGUGGCGGAAGUGCGUUAACCGAUCGGAUCACGGGACAUACUCGUUCCGCCGCGUUUUGGGGCUCAAUCAGUAGCUGCUCACAGUUGUCCUGCCUUGCGACCUGCCAGGUGGUCGAUUUUCUGCGACCUCUGACUCAAGUGAAUGAAGCUAGUUUGCUCCAAGAGUCUAAUGGAAUAAGUACGCAUCCAUUGAAUAUUCCUUUUCUCUACGGCUUGCAGUGCAGUUACCGAAACACCCUCCGUUGUCUGUAUUUAAUCUACUCUUAAAACCCUCAGAUUUGCCCUAAUUCGCCUCAACAAAGUACAAAGUUAUUUGAUACAGUUUCCUGCCUGAGCAAGAUGGCGUGGACACUACUGCCAACCUAGGCUUUUGCUGGUCGCUGUCAAUCGAAUGAACCUAUCAUCCGAUUAGUUGUUCGUGUGGUGUGAGUGUACAUGCUAGGCUUUAUCAAUUCACUUCAUCACGUUUAUGCCAUUCCAUUAAGCCUUCUCUUCUAUUUGGUUUCGUGCAGACAGUUUCGGCGGAGAAGUGCUCAUUUAUCUUAUAGGCACCUUUUUUAUCAUGGUCACUGUUGACGCGCCAAUAAAUGAUGCGAGCUUACCCUCUAUCUUCUUCAAAAUGUCACGCGUUGCUGACCGCUCACUUUAAAUAGGCCAAAGAUAUGAAAUAUGCACUUGGAUAUGGGAAUACAGGGUCACUGGAAGCAACCGAAAACCGUUGUCCACUUUACCCCACUCGCUUGCGUCUCUAAUACUAGGUGGCUCCGAGCUAGUGGAUCACUGAGUAGUACAGCAAGCAGACUUGGAAAUUUCAUAUUUUGAUACAUUUUUGGGGAACCACGCCAUGUGACAGAAGACAUGAAAUACCAGUACCUGAGGUAACCUGAAAAAUGCACAAGUGAGCAAGACAGCACUUGUUGUAUGCGCGGCCAGCACAGGAGACAAGAAAAUAACGCGAGGUGGGCGCGGCGAUGACUUGCGCGUGAAUUUGUUAAUAUCGAAACAAGCUUGUACUGAAUCUACCUCCCCCAGUUUCCUCACAGGCAUCGCACUCGAACAAGAAGGAAAAAUCAAGAAGAUCGGAGAUGGGCAUGAACGCGGUGGCUGACAAAGCUGAGCAAUCCGUCUACGCGUGCCACCCAGUGGCUUGUCCUCAACUUCCCACGCGUCAGGCAUCCGUGGGGAGGAUUCGCAGGCCUCGGACAAAUGAGAACGCCGUAUAGACCACAUUGAGAAGGAGCCAUUGCACUCCGACCCUCUUUACCAAAGAGGACUGUCUUAUACUGUCCGCUGUUAACCCCUUAACGCGUCGUGAUAGCUUUAAGUGGCUAUUUCUGUUUUCAGUGAGGAAUGGGCCGACUUGCCGCGAGAACGGGUUCCUCUGUGCGGGUCUCGGUCUCGCUCCACUCUUCCGAACCUCCGCCAAGGGCGGGCCACACGAAUGCACACCAGCAGGUAAAGCUGCGGUGCAGCCUUAUAAAUAGGUAGCAUGAGCCAGUCGGGCCCUCCUCUGGGUUCAACGCAUCCGUAUCACAACCCGUUUGAAAGAAUGCUCCCCACAGGUGCUUAGAAGUGACUUAAACGAUCGAAUCGAACUUCCGUCAGUGACGCCGCAUUAGUGAGUUCCUUGGCGGGGUUUUGUGUAUGCUGAUCGCAAUGUAAGGCCGGUGGGAUGUUUGUUCUUGACUGUCGUACGAGAAAAGAAUGAAUGGGCGAACAACAGACACUCUCGUAUUUGCUAUGUGUUAAUGUGACAGAUUCGGUUAGCGGGGUUUCAAUUGUUGAGAGUUGGGCAGCAGAGAAGUGAAGUCGAUUUUCGUGUAUGUGAGCUGGCGGUUUCCGAUUUUGGAGCCACUUUAUCUCCAGUGACGACAACGCGCUUCGUCUGGGAGGGUGAUUUCUGUACCACAUUUUGGCAAGUUUGUCCUCCGCGUUUUCAGCAGCUUUUACGUGGGUCCGUCACGCCCUCUGUGACUGAUUUGUGAUCGCAGGCUCUCAUAAACUAGCAACAUGAUGACACAGCAGUUGGCAAAUUUAGGUUUGUGGGCCAGAUCUCGAUCAUUUAUUUGAGUGUGUGACGUCCAAGAACUUUAGCGUUGUUGUUGUUGUUGUUGUUGUUGUUGAUGGUGGCGGUGUCCGCGCAGACGUCAGUAUUUCACCACAAAACAACAGUCGGUUCAUUGCCUUCUCUGUUCAAUCUUUUUUCUGUGCUUAGCUGCUAAAUUCAACCAGAACUUUCGACAAGGUUAGCCUUGGACUGACAUAAUCAGAUCUGAUGAAUGGCUUGCAGAUUCUCGUCUUCCUGCAUUCAGAGCCGCUGGUUUCGUGAUUCGACAGCGAAUUUUCAGUUCAGGGCCGCGCCUGAUACCGUUUUGGGGGACGAGGGUGCGCGGGAACGAAAGACAACCAUAGGCUCAUUUAUGAAGCGCAGCACGUCGCUCAACAGACUGCAUUUAUUCGUCUAUGAUGUCUGUAAUGUUUGCCAAAGCCACCUGGGCCCGAUUUUACCGUCAACAUUUGUCAGGCACAUCGGUACCUGUCAGUGUGGCCGUUUCAUCAGCUUUUGUGAGUCUGCCCUUAUGUAGAGGGUUUCUCACGCGCAGAUCUUUAUGAGAUACGGGUUUUAAGCUCCGGUAACUUGGACCGAUAAAUUUGCCAUUUUAGAGGUUUUACUGUUUGAAAAUUUUGCCCAAAACAGAUCGUAUUCAAUUAAUUAAAUUAUUUUAAGCGAGAGUCCGAAACUUCAGGUCAAUAAACUUCUCGUGCUGACGAUCACUUCUUCAUUUUUCUUCUUCCUCUUCCUCCUCCUCCUCCUCCUCCUCCUCCUCCUCUUCUUCUUCUUCUUCUUCUUCUUCUUUUUCUUCUUCUUCUUCUGCUUCUGGAAACCUCCCGCGCCGAAAAGUGGCAUGGGUGACGGUAUCGUUACGAUUAUCCGCAGGCUCAAGUGA